CCCCAACCCCCCUCCGAGACCAGAGCCCGAUCUCGCGCACCUGUUCCCCGCGGCGCGGCCCCGGGGAGACCCUGCUCCCGGCCCGCUGGCCCCCCAGCUCCAGAGCCAUGAGCAAGUUGGGCAAGUUCUUUAAAGGGGGAGGCUCUUCCAAGAGCCGAGCGGCUCCCAGCCCCCAGGAAGCCCUGGCCCGACUUCGGGAGACAGAGGAGAUGCUGGGCAAGAAACAAGAGUACCUGGAAAAUCGGAUCCAGAGGGAGCUCAGCCUGGCCAAGAAGCACGGCACGCGGGACAAGCGAGCUGCGUUGCAGGCACUAAAGAGAAAGAAGAGGUAUGAGAAGCAGCUAACUCAGAUUGAUGGCACCCUUUCCACCAUUGAGUUCCAGAGAGAAGCCUUGGAAAACUCACACACCAACACCGAGGUGUUAAGGAACAUGGGCCUUGCAGCGAAAGCAAUGAAAGCAGUUCAUGAAAACAUGGAUGUGAAUAAAAUAGACGAUUUGAUGCAAGAGAUCACAGAGCAGCAGGAUAUUGCCCAGGAAAUCUCAGAAGCGUUUUCUCAACGGGUUGGAUUUGGUGAUGACUUUGAUGAGGAUGAGUUGAUGGCAGAGCUUGAAGAACUGGAGCAGGAAGAAUUAAAUAAGAAGAUGACAAAUAUCCGACUUCCAAGUGUGCCUUCGUCCUCCCUCCCCGCACAGCCAGGCAGGGUGCCGGGUCAGAUGCCGAGCGUGCCCUCCUCUGCACAUCGAGCCCGAGCAGCAUCUUCCAGGAGGGCAGAAGAAGAGGACGAUGAUAUCAAACAACUGGCAGCUUGGGCUACUUAAAUCAAAACGGAA